AAAAACCCGCGGGCCGGGCCGGGUCGAGUUUGUAAUUUUCAGGCCUGUUGAGAACUGUAAAUGAGAUAUAAAUGAUGGCGUUAACUGACUCCAGAAGAUGGCAGUAUAAUGAAGAAGAAGAAGAAGAAGAAGAAGAAGAAGAAGAAGAAGAAGAAGAAGAAGAAGAAGAAGAAGAAGAAGAAGAAGCCCGGUUCUUCCUGCCAGCAGAAGAACAAGUCAGUUAGCAGUAAUUAGCUGAUAUCUGAACACGAACAUACGAAUUUAAAAGUCCAAACGUCAUUGCUGCCGUGGGAUGCAGCAACAUGUCUCUCCAGGUGACUUUGCAGCAGAGGAUCAGCUCUGCUCAGGUGUUGCUGCAGCGGGCGGAGCAGCUCUGUCCGGGGGCUGAAGGUCACCAGAAGCUGUGCGGUAAACUACGGGCGGAGCUUCGUUUCCUGCGACGGGUGGAGGCGGGAGAGUUGCAGGUCAAAGAAUCUCACCUGCACAGCACCAACCUGACUCACCUGACAGCCAUCGUGGAGUCGGCCCAGAGUCUGGAGGGCGUGGUCGGUCUGCUGCACGUCUUCACCUACCAGGACGCCACGGGCAGCAGGCAGACUCUGGUGGUGGAUGUGGUGGCGAAUGGUGGACACACUUGGGUGAAGGCGGUGGGCCGUAAGGCAGAGGCUCUGCACAAUAUCUGGCAGGGACGGGGCCAAUAUGGAGACAAAAGCAUCAUCAGGCAGGCAGAGGACUUCCUGCAGGCGAGCCACCAGCAGCCUGUCCAGUACCGCCACCCACACAUCGUCUUUGCCUUCUACAAUGGUGUCUCCUGCCCUAUGGCUAACCGCCUCAGGGACAUGGGAAUCUCUGUCCGCGGGGACAUUGUCGCUGUCAAUGCCGUGGUGAUGGAGGAGGGAAGAGAUGAGGAAGAGGUGGAGGAAGAAGAGGAGCCUGCUGAGGAAGAAGACGAAGAGGAGGAGCAGGAGGAGGAGUCUGAGCUGACCCGGGUAGACCGUGGCACUGUGGUUGCCAGCCUGGCAUUUCCUGCUCAGGUGCAGGUGGAGGAGUGUCGGCGCGUGAACCUCGACAUCACCACUCUCAUCACGUACGUGUCAUCGCUGAGUCAUGGCCGCUGUCACUUCACCUUCAGGGAGCCAGUACUGACAGACCAGGCAGCCCAGGAGCGUCGCCUGCAGGUGCUGCCACAGCUCGAUGCCUUCAUGCAGGGGAAGGAGCUGUUUGCCUGCCGUGCCGCUGUCCAUGACUUCCAGGUGAUCCUGGACACGCUGGGCGGGCCAGGCGAGAAGGAGCGAGCUCAGAAGCUGCUCGCUCGCCUCCAGCUGGUGGAUGACCAGCCCUCGGAGCGCACGCUGCAGCUCACGCCCAGCGCCAAGGUCAACCAGCGCUCGCUCAUGAUCUUUGGCACCGGAGACUCUCUAAGAGCUGUCACCAUGACGGCCAACAGCCGAUUUGUGAGGGCGGCAGCCAAUCAGGGCGUCAGAUACAGCGUGUUCAUCCACCAACCGAGAGCUCUGACUGAGGGCAAGGAGUGGAGGGCCACACCCAUCUGACAGAGGCCCCGCCCACCAGAGACAGACACUUCCUGUGCAGGGGCUGAUUGGGUUAACAAGGGGUAAAAAUUAUAUUUAUGUAAAUAUGAUUAUCAAUCUAUAUUCACAGAUCAAUAAAGCAUCCCUGUCACUUCCUG